UUGACUGUGGACAAAAAACUGCGAAAUCCAGGAGAGGGACAGCGCCCAGAAUAACUGUAAACCUCUGCUAACUGCGUGGAGCAUCGCGUUGGAAAUGAGACUCUGGACAUAUCCUCCGGGUUGUCGGACAUUUAAACAGAGGACAUGUCCUUCUGUUUGUUAAAGACACAACGCAACACUUAACGCUCCAAGCAUGCUACAGUUCUUCCCUCUUCUUAGCAGUCCUGUUUGAUCCAAGAAAAAAACGUGCCUUGUAAGGAAGCAGGAUGUUCACAGGCUCUACAAAACUGCCACCCACGAAAAACCCCCAGCCCGAGCGGCUAGAUGAAGUGUACGCUGCCUUACGCAGAGGCUUACAGUCGUACCUGCAGGUCCACCAGCUGGAGCUGGAGAGUCUGGGUCAGCAGAUCAGAGAAAACAAGAGGAAUGGGCGACUGGGUUCUUUGUACGAGCAGGAUAAGCAAGUAAAGGCCAUAGAGAGGUUUAUGCGACGCUUGGAAUUCCACCUCAGUAAGGUUGAAGAGCUGUAUGAUGCUUACUGUAUACAGCGGCGACUGCGUGAUGGAGCAAGUAAGAUGGUGGCGGCCUUUAAUUCAGCCAGCGGCAGCAAGGAGGCCAGAGAGAGCCUUAGUGAAGCUAACAAGGGCUACAGGGAAUGUACAGAGCACAUGUGCUCACUUGAGAGUGAAAUCGAAAGCCAGAUGGGAGAAUUUCAUGUCAAGAUGAAGGGCCUCGCAGGCUUUGCACGGCUGUGUGCUGGUGACCAGUAUGAGGUCUUAAUGCGUUACGGGAGACAACGCUGGAGGCUAAGAGGCCGCGUUGAAGUCAGCAAUAAGCAGAUAUGGGACAGUGAAGAGUACAUCUUCUUGCCUCUCGUCACAGAACUGCUGUCAAUCAAGGUGACGGAGCUGAAGAGCCUGGCCAAUCACGUGGUGGUGGGCAGUGUGUCCUGCGAAAUGCUCGACCUGUUCUGCCCACUUCCUCAGACGCUCGCUGUGGAUAUAAACGACCUUGGGACAGUCAAGCUGAACUUGGAGGUCACCUGGAGUCCGUUUGAUAAGGAUGACCAGACAUCGUCUAGCAGUACGGUUUCCAAGCGGCUGCUGUCCAAUCAGAGCCCUCCUGACACGCCCUCUAUGCGAGAGCAGGUGUUUUAUUCUCUUCUGAAGCGACAAGGCGAAAUGGAGAACGGGACGGUCUGGUCCAACUCCUCUGAAUCCUCCGAUGACUCGUCCAGUCCUGCCCUGGCUCACCAUGCUCAGAGACUCACAGCCUCCAACAUGCUGCCCACCACUCUCACCUCUCAGCUGUCAUUAACGCCGCACAGGUCCAGCGCAUCGACGCCGUCGCUCUCCUCCAACCAAGAGGAGGAUGAGACAGAGAGAGGGGAGGUUUUCUCUCAGACAGACGCCGUGCCAAACGGCCACCUGCAGACUCACGCAGAGCAGAGGAGUGCAGACUGUAGUGUGACUGACAGAGCGUCUGUCCAAUCAGCUGAUGUCUCUGAAACCUCAGCAGACCUCAGCUGCUCAUGCCCCGAUGUUUCCUCUGUAGCUCCUGUGUCACUGGUGGAGACAACAAAUGUGUCUGAAAGUGGCGUCCCUCAGGUGUGUGUUUCAGCGGAGGAGGUAAAGGAUGAGGCACCCGAGCAGUCAUCAGAGCGCGCUCGACAAACUGAAGCAGAGGACGACACCACUGAAGCAGCAGGAGAGGAACACCACCAGGUAGAAACAUCAGAGAAACACAGUGAGCCACAUCCAUCCAUCCAGAAGUCAGAACAACCAGAGGAUGCUUCAACGGUGCCUUUUCCUACUUCAUCUAGUUUCACUCAGGAGCUCGAGACAGCCCUUGAAAGUUUUGACUUUCUCAACUGCUCUGAUCUCGAUGAAGAGGACGAGGACGAGGAGCAAAAACAGGAGGACAGAGAAGAAAAGGAAGAGGAUGAUGGGCAAGAUAAAGAGGAACAACCGAAAUUGGAGAACAAGUCAGUAGAGGAAGAAAACAAGGAGGAAGAGGAGGAUGAUGACGAGCAAGAGAAAGAGGAGCAGCACAAAAUGGAUGAAGAAACAGUAGGGGAAAAAGAAAACGAGGAGGAGGAGGAGGAGGAGGAGGAUGGGACAAAUGAGGAGGAACAACAGAAAAUGGAAAAAGAGACAAUGGAAGAAGUGGAAAAGGAGGAGGCGGAAGGUGAGUCGCAGGAGGAGGAGAGCCAAAACAAGCUAAAGAACGAUAGAGUGGAGGAUGAAGAAAAAGAGGAUGAAAAGGGGCAAGAUGAAGGGGACCAACAGAACAUGGAGAAAGAAACAGUAGAAGAAGAAGAAAAGGAGGAGCACGGGCGAGUUGAAGAGAACCAAAAAGAAAUGGAGCACAAGGCAGUGGAGGAAGAAAUGAAAGAGGAGCAUGAUGAUGAUGAUGGGCAACAUGCACAGACCCCAAACAACAGUGAAGAGACGUUGAAGGAAGAGGAAAAGAAGGAAGAUGAAAUCAGCCAAAACAAGAUUGCGGUGGACGAGUUGGUGGAGGAACAAAAGGAAUUUUACUCCGGAAGAAGCGAUGAUGAGGAAGGAGGGGAACUGGAGAUCCUGAUGGAAGCCCCAGAAGGAUUUAGAAACUCAGAUGAAGAUUGUUUCUCUGACUCACAGGAGUCAAGCGUGGAGGAUGUGCAGGACUGGUUGCGGCGGAUAAAUAGAUCCGAGGACUUGGAGGAUCACAGCGAGGAAAAGGGAGAUGAAGAGAAGGAAGAGGAGCGGUCACAUGAUCAGGAGGAGCGUUCCACUACCCCGGGACAUUUGGCCACUACUGUCUUUUAAUGACACAGUGGGACCUAAUUCUAAACCAUUCCUCCCCCACUGAUCCCCGUCUCCUCUCUCUCUCUGCGGGGCUGGAGGCCUUGAGGAUGAUCCACUUACUGCUCAGACAAACAGGCUCUCCCGUCAGGGCAGAGUUUGUGCACAUAUUUGCCUUGUUCUGACCGAGAAUGAUAAACCUCGAGGUUUCUGCACCUCAGCCAUGACUCAAAGUCCCCAACCCACUAAAUAUAAUAAGUCCUCUUUCUUUCCCUCCAUCACGUUGCCUGGGUUUAAGUGGGACACCACUUUGUUUACACUUUCAAAAAGUGUUUCUGUUGUGUGAACAUUCAAUGUCCAAAACAUUUCAGGAACAGCUAAAAGCGGCCUUGAUUUUGUUUUUAUUACAGUGCAUUUAUGACUUAAUCCAAUAGUUUGUAACCGUUAAAGACGCUCAAGUAGAUGGACUUCUUUGAUCUGCGGAAAAGCAUACAAUCACUGAGCUACACUGCAAUGGUCAAAAAAAUAUCAGUAUUUGUGGAUGUAAAAAAAAACAAAACAUGGAGGUUAUCAUUUUUCAGUGUUAAAUAAGUGUUCAGCCCAGAGCUCUUUCCAUGUAGUGGGAGAGGGAAAGAGCUCGUGAGCGUGAUGUUGUCUGAAGAUUUUUAUCGACGUGCUGUGGACAUGAAGUCAUUUCCAAAACAGGAAUGCUCAAGAGGAUCUUUUCAGAGACAGAUACUGAGAAUAUUCAGAAACACACACCAAGUGCAGAAUUCAACCUUCAAAGCAACACCAGGAACAUAAGUUGUACUAGGAAGGACUAAAACACAUGAAGGAAAGAAGUCAUACUCAUUUUGGUCUUGUUUUAACAAUCAGUGUAAACCUAUAUUUAAACGUGCAUGUGUAGCUGCCUCACACUGCCAGCAUGUCUGUAUAAAAGCUCAAACGUUCAGUUGAAGUGUGUAAGCUCAGCUCCUGUGUGAGGAAGCCGUCGGGUCUGUAGCUGUGUACAAAAGCCGCCUCACGGGGGCGCUAUAGUCUUUUCAGUAUCAUGCUUUCCGUUGUUCUACAAAAGCCUCCCUCAUUCAGAAAGUGCCUCAGAGAUGAAAGGUUUAAAAUGCCACGACAGGAGAGAUAAGGCAGAAGAAAACAGUGUUUAUUUUCUGAAUUACUUUGAGAGUGUGCACAAUAAGAGAUAUUUACUGUUUCAUAUAAAGAAUUGUAUAUGUCUUGAAAUGUUCAAAUGUUUAUGUUCAGAAAUGUUUAAACUUUAUAAAGGUUUCUUUAAAACAAA